CACACUUUGAACAAGCUAUUUUUUUAUUCUCUCAGUUUGCCUUCAAAAAUGCUCCGCGUUGUUCUUUUCGCUGCUAUCCUCGUAUUUUCUAUUGCUAAUUCAGAAAUUAUAGAUAAGAGUUUGGAACAAUCGGGUCCAAUUCAAGAUUCUUCAAAUUUUGCAUUAGCUGUGAAUGGUGAAGAACUUCCAACCGACAUAGCCCUGGAAGGCCAGUCUGAAGUUAUGAUUCGCGCCAAGAGAUAUUAUGGAUGCGGUUGUGGGUGUGGAUGUGCUACUGUAGCUGCAGUGUCUCCAGUUCCAUGUGGAGGAUGCUGUGGAUGUGGAUAUGGAAAGUAAAUCGUCGUUAAAUAAUAUUUAAUACCAUGCUUUCAUCAUAAUUAUUAUUUCCUAUAAAGUUGGCGCCAAUGUUU